AUGGCGGUCGAAGAUAGUUUUCUGGCUCUGAUGGCCUUCACCCUCAUUGAGGCCUACUUCCUCCAGCGAACCAUGCUUGCCAAUCAGUCCUUCCGUACUGUGGUGCUCAGCUCGCUAGCUGUCAAUGUCUUUCUGAAGGGCCUCUAUGUUAUCGUUAUUUGGCCGCUCUUCAUCAAUCCGCUGCGCCAUCUACCCAAAGUUCCAGGCUUCAUGAGCAACCUCAAGUUCUUCGACUUCCCCCGUAGGCGCAGGCCCCUGCACUGGAUGACGACCAUCCCCAAUGAGGGCCUGAUCCACCUGCAUGAUAUCCUCGGCCAGUCCUACCUGCUUGCCACCAACCACCAAGCCCUGUUAGACGUCAUGAGUACUAACAGUUAUGACUUUGAGAAGCCCCGGCGUGCGCGUAACUUUAUCGCCCGUAUCCUGGGCUUCGGUCUAGUUAUGUCCGAGGGUGCUGCCCAUAAGAAGCAACGCAAGGCGCUGACUCCGGCUUUUAAUAUCAAGAAUAUCCGCGUUAUGUAUUCACUGAUGUGGGAUAAGACAAACCAGUUUUUGGAGGAGGUCGAGAAGGAGCUGAAGCUAAGUCCGAUGGAGGGGACGAAUCCGGCUGAUGGGGAGGGUAAGCUAGAGAUAGGGGAGUGGGCGAGUCGCUUAACUCUCGAUAUUAUUGGCCCUGCAGCUAUGGGCCGGGACUUUCGAUCGCUGCAGAAAUGUGAUAAUCCCGUGGCGCAGAGCUUUUUCCGUAUUCUCUCACCCACUACUGAAAAGAUGGCGUUCUUUGCGAUGAAUUUUAUCUUGCCGCCAUGGCUUGCACAGCGUGUGCCAUGGCGCUUGAAUAAAAUAAUCACCCAUGAGGCCAAUUUUCUUCGUGAUCUCUGUACAGAUAUUGUCAGGGAUAAGCGAAAAGCCAUUGCCAUGUCCAAGUCAUCAGUCAAGGAUCUCGAGGCUGAUAUACUUGGCACUUUGGUACUAGGCGGGGAUUUUUCGGACUCCGAGCUGGUGGAUCAGAUGCUAACCUUCCUGACUGGGGGACACGAAACCACCGCGCGUACUAUAACAUGGGCCUGCUAUCUACUGACUCAGCACCCAGAUAUUCAGGAGCGUCUCCGUGCUGAGAUCCGGGAAAAAAUUCCUUACGCCAAUGCCCCAAUUACCUACCAAGACCUCGAGUCUUUGCCUCUUCUAAACGGCGUCUGCCAGGAAAUCCUACGUCUCUACCCUACAUUCCCCGCCACACUUCGUGAAUCUAUACGCGAUACUGUAAUCGCCGGCGAGCCUAUCCCUAAAGGAACACGAGUGAUCUUAUGCCCGUACGCAAUUAACCGAUCUCCAGUCUUCUGGGGCGAUGACGGCGAGGGGUUCUUGCCAGAGCGGUGGAUUGACAAGGACAAGAACGGCAAUCUAGUACCGAACAACACCGGCGGCACGUCAACCAACUUUGCGCAGAUGACAUUCUUACACGGCCACCGAUCAUGUAUCGGAAAAGAUUUUGCGCGCGCGGAACUGCGGUGUGCAAUGGCAGGCGUGGUCGGCCGGUUUGCGUUUGAGAUGCAGGAUCCAACGCAGGAAAUCCAUAUCACUGGCGUGUUAACGACUCAGCCCGUUGAGGGGAUGCAUCUACGGAUGCACCGAGUCGAUGCUUGGUAG